AUGGGUUCCACGCAAUUUGGAAACUUCCAUGAUUUCUGUCGCGACUCGACACUGCCAGUCUGCAACCUUUUCCCAGGCUUCAGUUACUCGAAUACGACGGGAUUUGAUGGUGGUUGCCACGUCACCGGCAUAUCUCUUUCCAAUGGACGGCAUCUGGGGAAUUUGGGUUCGAUACUGCUUGCCGGCGUAGCAAUCUUGGUAUCUGCGUACCUACUAUGGCGGUCAGAACGAAAACAAGCGGCUGUAGGUCGAAGAGAGAUGCAGAUUUUCCUCCUGGGCUACAUAGUAAUGGAGAUAUGCGAAAUCUUCACGGUCGGCAAAUUCCCUCUGAACAAUACAGUUAGGAUAGCCUUUACAGGAAUCCAUCUCGGCAUGAUCGUUGCUACCCUCUGGGCACUUCUACUGAAUGCUAUUGUGGGCUUCCAAUUGCUUGACGAUGGAACGCCUCUUUCCGUAGGACUCAUGGUUGCCUCUGCAGCAGCACUCUUCAUCGGAACAGGCUACAUUGCCCUCGACACGGGCUACAAUUGGACCGGCUUUUUCGCAAAGAACAGUUACGGACCUUUGAACAGGAACACCGGUCUCUAUGUUCUCUAUCAGCUUGUACCACUCGUCUUCCUAUUCGCCUUCUUCGUCCUCGAGACAGCGUUGGUCAUUAGAGUUUUAGGAGAACGCAAGCCAAUGAUUUAUUUGGCAGCAGCUGCGUUGCUCUUUGCUAUUGGCCAGAUCUUCAACUAUGUCGUUAGCAUUCACAUCUGCAGCGGGACUCAUGGAAAGAUCGACGGGGCUCUGUUUGAGACACUCUUUACGCUCCUAUCGGUUGUGAUGGUCUGGACUUUCUGGUCAAGCAUUACCGAAGAUGAUUGGCCAAUGCCGGCUGGGAACACUUAUACAUGA